GACAACAUCAUGAGCAAGACCUACGAGCUGCCGCCCUUGGUUGGGCAUGUGUUCGCUGAGGUGGCGGCCAAGUUCGUUGAGCUCGUGAAGAACGCCGUUGCUGCCGGCAAGAAGGUCGUUUGUGUCCUCGAAGUUGGGGAUGGCACUGGCCGCUCUAAGGCACUUCUUGGCCAGGCACUCAUUGACGCUCGCAUUCAAGAUCUGUGCUACCUCGAUUAUGUCAGUACUGACAUCUCGAUUUCAUUAGCCCAAGAGUCGACCGUCAAGUCCCAGUGGCCUACCAUGACUCCCAAAGCCUUCGACCUGAGCGUGCUGCUUGCUCAACAAGGGUUCGAUGCGAACACUUUUGAUAUCGUCACUGCUUUUGAUGCCCUGCACGCUAUUCCCGACAUCGAUAGUACUCUCGUCGCCCUUAAAGAGCUGCUUGUUUCUGGUGGGCAUAUCGCAAUCCUCGAG